AUGUAUAGGGACGAAAUUUUAGCACACCUUACUGAAAUGUUUGGCGAUCAUAUCGACCAGCACCGAAUUAUUGCUGCGAUUGAAAAAUACGACGAUCUAAAUGCGUGUAUCGAAGCACUAUUGAAAGACGAGGAAGAAAUUGUUUCCUUCCCGAAUCUGGAAAGUUCUGCCCAAAAACUACCAAUAGCCUUAUCGACCGAUAAUAAUGAUUCCCUCAAUGGUCCGGAUCGCUCGACGGGAGCCACCCGCAAGCUGGUGAACAUUGCCAAGGACGAUGCAACACAAACGGCUACCAGCUUCGCUUCUCUACUUCAAAAGGGAAAUUUUCCUGUCCAAUUUCAACAGCCCGUCCCCAGCAACAACCCAAAUCCACGGAUCGCCGGGAAACAUAAGCCCGCUGAACAACCGGCGAACUUUCAAAACAUCCUCGACAUGGUGGCUCAAGGUUAUCGCGUCAUGGUGCUUAUGCGCGGUGCUCCGGGUAGUGGCAAAUCUUACCUCGCGCGCUCGCUUAUCGACCGCACUUCUGGGGGUGAUUAUCGUAAUCACAUUUUUAGCGCCGACGACUACUUCAUGGUGAACGGAGUGUACAAAUUCCAGCCCGAUGGGCUAGAUGCUGCGCAUCGGUAUAAUCAGCAAAACGUGCUAUCGAAAGCACGUGACGGCUGGAGCCCAAUCGUAGUGGACAAUACGAACAUUCGGCUUUGGGAGAUGUUCGAGUAUGUGAAGAUCGCUGCCUCACACGGUUACUUCCUCGAGGUGCUCGAACCGACGACGCACUGGCGGAAUAAUAGUCGCAGUCUAGCGAUACGGAACACACAUGGCGUCCCGGAACCAAAGAUUAAGAACAUACUGCAAAACUUUGAGAAGCUCACGAAUGUGCAGGAGCUGUAUCGAUUGUGUAAGCUCGAGCACGCACUUUACAUUCCAGUUAAGAUGCGCCACUAUCCCAUCCUACCGAGCGACUUACCUGUGUCAGCGAAGGAAUCAACGAACACCGUACCGCAGGCAACAAAAUGGGCCGAACCUUGGGGCGAAAUGAUAAAAGCAACAAAAGACAGUUCAAUUCUAAAGCCAACCGAUCGUGUAACCGAUCUGUCGGCUAUACCACCACCCAAACCACCUCGCGAUCUGCAGAAAAUAGCCACACCGGUGAAGGUGGCACCACCUCGACAACAUAAAACGAUCGAGGAAGAGACCGACCUCGGUGCAGCGGGAGGGUACGAUGGACGAGACGAAGAUGAGUUUUCGUGGGACUUCACCGACGACUGGCGUAAAACGGAUACAAACUGGAAACCUUACGAUACGGAACACGAUCAGUUCUGGGGCCAGGCAUCGUCAGCAGUGGAAGAAAAGCAAAAGAAACCAAUACAAACUGCGGAUGGAUUAGCACUAGAAUCGCAACCACAACGAACGACAAAUCCACACCUUGAACCAAUCACCGAAUUUCUCCUUUCUAGUGUAAAGGAACCGACCAAACAGUCUAUGAAAUUUCCUGAAUCAGCUCAAAAAUCUCCUCCAUCCCAAACUUCCCAGCCACCCAGGGAGAAGCCAUCGAAAAAGACCGAUAUGAAACGAAUCGCGUUGACAAAGCAUAAGCGCGGAUGCCCAAAUGAGAAUACGAGCUUUUCGGAAAUUCGUAAUCUCUAUCCGAAGAUUCCCGAAUCCUACCUGUGGGACUUGUUUGAGAAGUGUAGUGGUGAUGGUGAUUGGGUUGCGAACAUACUGCUCGAGGAACAAAAAUCGGAAAACUUUGAAAGCUCUCUCGAAGCAUCCCAACACCGGAACGUGGAAAACAAUCAAGGCGAGCCGGUUGAUGCACUAACGGACACGGCAUUCAGAUGGAACUUGCUUGACUGUAACUGCAACGAGCAGAUAGCAAAGGGCAUUUCGGCAUCGGGACCAGCUUCGUUGCUUAAGAUAGAAAACGAUGUAGCUGACCAGGGCGCCGCAAAUUACAUGACAACGAUACCAUCGGGACAUCAGUCACCGCGUGAAGCUCUUCGCCGUGGCCAAGGACAGCGGGAAACUGCCCAGGCAAUCAAGAAAGAAAUCGAGGCACGAUUCGUACUCGGCAAUGAACACUUUUCGCAGCCGAUCCAAAAGUUGCGGCUUGCUAGACGGAUUGUAACGGCUGCCGAUGAGUCUCCGCCCGGGGAGAUGCUAGAUCUGGAAGCUACUGACAAGGUCACGGACAGUGAGGUGGUUGAACUGCAGCUCGGCGUUGAAUUGGUGCAACAACUGCACGCCAUCUUCAAGGACAAGCAUUGUCCCAAGUCGUUGGAACUGGACGAUCUACAGUCCGACCGGACGCGUGUAUUCAUGGCAACGGAAAUGGCAGAACAGUUGUAUCUGCUCUUCCUCGAUUCGCUCUACAGCUACACUGAGGAGAAGAAACUGUUCAGUUUACGGGAAGACGCACGUAUGGCACAGCUGAUGCAGACGGAGGAAAAGUAUCCUGCGCUGUUCAAACCACCCAACCCAUCGGGCAUUCCAAACCUGAAAGACAUUAUCGAGAUGGAGGAAGCGCUGGCGGCAUAUCAGAAGGAAACCGACGCCACCUGGCAGAAGGCAGGAUCGCUCGAUUUGGCCCAGCAGAUGUCACAACAGAAGCUGAAGGAAAUGUUUCCCCACAUAAACGGCGAAGACUUGGUGCAGAUUCUGACCGCGCACCAUAAUCGGUUCGAUGAAACGGUACAGGUGGUGAACGCUUCUAUACCAGACACCGUACGGCAGCAGAUGCUCGAAAAAGAAGAACUGCUAAAGCGACGGGCAGAAAAUGAAAAACAAAAGCUGGUCGAUCUGUUUAGCUCACCCACCUUUGCGUCACCAUCGCCGACGGGAUCCUGCAGUCUGUCCGGCGAGGAAGCGAUCAACUUCCAUCUGAUCAAGGCGGAAGAAUGUCGGAACUUGGCACAACAUCAUCUCGAUCUUAAGAACGAAUGUCACGAAAAGGCACGACAAGCGAUGCAGCGCAAUGUACCAGGAUUGGCCGAUUACUACUCACAGAUAGCACGUCUGCACCGGACCAAGAUCGACAUGUACAACAGCAGAGCAUCGAACUCCAUCAUGGAGGUGCAUAAGCUGAAGCUGAACAAUGAUGCAGUGCUCGACCUACACUAUUUGCACUCGCAAGAAGCUUUACGCGCUUUGGAACUGUUCCUGGCCGACAAUGCCUCCAAAUUGCUCAUCUCUCAACAGCGCUUUAAAACGUUGUACAUCAUAACCGGCCGUGGACUACAUUCAGCCGAUGGUAAACCGAUCAUCAAGCAGCGCGUGAUAGCAAUGCUUAGAGCAAAGAACAUAAGAUACACCGAACUAAACCCAGGCUUCCUAAAGAUCAAGCUUUUCAAUCGGGACGAUCUGGAACAGCUUAUGAUGAUGGACUAA